CUUGAACAGUUACUUACUGAGUAUCCUGAACUGGACGAGCGGACGAAUAACGAAACUUUGAAGGAACUCCUUCGACUACCGCUUGACAAUGCUAUGGUACCUCGAGAGGUGUAUGUCAAUUUCCUCACGGGUCUGACUCUAGAUGCAUGGCACAAUAUUUCCGACGCGUGGCCUUUACACAGUGUUGUACGCCGCUUGACGGGAGACCUGCCAAGCACAAUCAUGUCCAGGAGACUUGCAGAUACUACAUAUGGGAUGCAACCAGUCAUUUGUACACGUCUGAGUCGCAAAACGCUUUUCGCAACUCGCCAGGGGCGCCUAUGUCUUGUGUCAACAUACGCCCGAGUCGGAGAUGUCAUUGCAGUACUUGCCAGCUGCAAUCUCCCUAUGAUCCUUAGAUCCAAAGGGAAUGAUUGGACCGCGGUCGCUCCUGCGUAUGUUAAAGAACCUGACAAUAAUGAUGUAAUGAGUGGCCUAUUGUGGUCAAAAUUGCUAGCCGAGGGCACAGCACUGCAAAGGUUUACACUUCUCUAAACACUGCCUCGUCCGUACGAAGGAGCUCGUUUUUUACAAGGCGUUACUAGUAGGAAUACCAAAACACCCCUCUAACUUCUACUUGCUAUCGGUGCUUGUAAAAAUAUGCAGACCCCUACAACCAUGGAACAG